UUGAACCUUCAUGUGCUGCGUGAUCAGUUACUCCGCAAAUUACAUGCAAGAAAACAGGAGCUGCAACGACUUGAUCAAUCUCAUGGAGGACGAGUUGCUGACCAGAGUUUACAAGAUCAUGUGGACAAAGCAGUCUCUCGUUGUUCGGCUGGAGUUGAUGCCACUCUGAAGAAGUAUAACGAUAAGAUCUUACAAUUGGCUGAGAUGAGAGGGAGAAAUGGGGUUGCCGAAGAUGCAUGGCUUCCCUCACCGCUCAGAAAGGAGGGUCUCUAUAAGUUGGAUGUAGAUCAAGAUAUAUGGCAAGAUUGUGAUCCUUCACAGUUUGAAGAGCUACCGACAUGGCUCACUGAUCCAUGUGUAAAGGAAGGUAUCCCUUUGGCACAGAUGGUUGUCAGCUGCCAAUCUGAGAUUGCCAGA